CUUCGUCCCCCCCCAUCCGUCGCCCUACCUUACCUACGGGGACACUCUCGCUCGACGACACACCUCAAUCCCCUUCCAUCAACUCAGAACAAACCACGCCGCCCGCUUCCAUCCAUGUCUCGUGGACGCAACGCGUAGCCACGUUUCUUGCCCCUUCGAUUACUCGGUCGCUCACAGUUGUUGCCGACGCCGAGCUGCUGCAACGACGCUCACACCCGCUGCCGCCCUCGGGGACGCACCGUCGCUGACAAACGGUUGACCGACUUCGUGAGCUUCAUAUGUGCCGUCCGCCUCCGGCUUCUUCCUGGCACAGUCGACGAGGCCCGUGCGGACUGUCCGCUUCUCGCCCACGCCUCGGUACAGACCUGACGGGCCAGGCCUCUGCCCUCCUGACCUGCCGCCGACCCAGGCCCGAGUCCUCUCUGGCCUCUGUCGAAUCUUGGCUGCUGGUCAGCUCCUUCCACCGGUCCCUCUGAUCCCACCGCGGUUCCCAUCCGCGGAGAGGUCGUCGUGGACUACACUCGCGACCCUCGUUCCCCCAUCAACGCCUCCGACAACCCAGCCACUCCGCAACCCGCCCCGUCUUCUUCCAACACCGCCCUCUCAGCACCCACCCCCCCGAACCCGCCGCUUGACCACGAUCGAGGCGCCUCUUCCCGGGCCACGGCUGCCGCGAAUAUAGAAUCUUCCACGCCCAGAGCCUCCGAAGCCCUCAACCCCCCUCGCCAGGUCUUGGGCCGACGACGGCGGUCCUCGAGUCCGCAGACGCAGGAGCACUCGGCCGUCUCAUCAACUGGGCUUGCUGCCGCUCCCGCCCCGGCUGCCGGAGCCGCUGUCGAGCACCCCCCGAAGCGAAGGCGACGUGAUAGUAUACAUAUGUUGGCCGACGGUACCCCGCCAGGCCAGUCCAACGGCGAUGCCGCGGCUCGGUCCAACGGUUCCGUUGCCGCCUCGGGCCAGCCGGGCGUCAUGAACGGCACUCGGAAGGCAGCCCGUGCCACGAACGGCUCGUCGUCCAGCAGAGCCGACAAAUCUGCGGUAGAACGCUCCUCGACCUACUUUGGCCACAAUCGCGAAGAGGUCACAAGGAUAUUGAUACAGGCAUUGUCAGACAUGGGCUAUCAAGCCGCAGCGGAGAGCGUCAGCCAAGACAGCGGCUACGACUUGGAGAGCAGCACGGUAGCGGCCUUUCGCUCAGCCGUGCUCGGCGGAUCCUGGCCUGAAGCAGAGAAGCUCCUGACUGGCGCGACCGUUGCAGACUCCUGCGCCGGUCAAGGCAACGGGCUAGUCCUUUCCCCGGGAUCGGAUCGGAACCUCAUGAAAUGCUGGCUACGGCAGCAAAAAUUUCUGGAGCUUCUCGAGCAGCGUGACACGGGCCGCGCCCUCACGGUUCUGCGUGGGGAGCUGACGCCUCUAUAUCAGGACACUGGCAAGCUUCAUUUUCUUUCGAGCUUGUUGAUGUGCCGCUCAACCGAGGAUCUCAAGGCCAAGGCCAACUGGGACGGAGCUCAAGGGCAAUCCCGGAGGCAGUUGCUCUCGGAGCUUUCCCGGUGUAUUUCCCCGUCAGUCAUGCUGCCCGAGAACCGCUUGGCCGUUCUCUUGGAGCAGGUGAAGCAGAAGCAGAUUGACACUUGUCUGUACCACACAGCAGCGUCAUCGCCAUCUCUCUAUUCCGAUCACUUCUGCGAUAGACGCAAUUUCCCCAGCGAAGUAGCCCUGGAGUUAGCCGACCUCGGCGAGAUUUGGCAAGUACAAUUUUCGCACGACGGUUCGAAAUUGGCUACCGGGGGGAUGCGGGAAGGAGUCACCAUCUGGGACACCAAGACUUUCACCCAGUUGCAUUCUCUGUUGGGCCACGAAAAGGGUGUAGGUAACAUAUCGUGGAGCCCUGAUGAUGCUUUCAUCGUGACUUGCUCGCAAGACAAAUAUGCAAGACUAUGGGAUGCCAAGGAUGGUUCUCUUCUCAAGAAGAUUAGGAAGUUCGACGAGCCAGUCAGCGGCUGCGUGUGGGCAGCGGACAGCGCCUCGUUCGUUCUGGCCACCCUCGACAAGAGCCACAGCAUCUGCAGCUUCAACGUUCACGACGAACAGAUGUCUGACUGGGACAAGAAACAUCGCGUCCAGGACAUCUGCGGAUCCCCUGACGGUCGCUGGCUAGUGGCCGUGGAUGAUAAAGACAGUAUCCACGUUUACAACGCCGUGACGCGCGAGCUCGAGUACGACCUGGACCUUGGGGCGAGGCCGACGUCGGUGAGUGUCAGCCAGGACUCUCGGCAUUUACUCGUCAACAGGCAAGACUGCGAAGCACAGCUCAUCGACCUGGUGUCGAGGAACUCUGUUCAGAAGUUCCUGGGCCACACAGGAGGCCACUUUCUCAUUAGGAGUGCAUUCGGAGGCGCCAACGAGAGCUUCGUCGUCAGCGGCAGCGAAGACGGAAACAUUCUGAUUUGGCACAAGACCACGGGUGCAGCCGUCGAGAGGCUGCCCGGGCACCUGCCGCGCUGCAACGCGGUGGCAUGGAACCCGGCAGACCCGUGCAUGCUCGCAUCGUGCGGAGAUGACGGCACCGUCAAGAUCUGGACCAGCAAGACUAGAGCUUUCGAGCUCCGAUCACGGCAUCCGAAGUCGUCUAACGGGUGGCGAGGCUCGGUGGACGAUAUCUAGGUGAUCAGGACUGUGAAUUUCUAUCCUGCCAGUCACCGUAGAGCACGGCUUCACAGCAUCUAGGCCGGGGGUUCCAUUGCACCGGCACCGUGGGACGAGGGAGAUGAGCCGGUCACAGACAGACAGACAGACAGACAGACGGCGCAGCGCACUGCCCUUGCCCACGGGGGGUAAACGGCUACGUAUUCGGUUCCGCCAAGCUUUGCCGCCCCGGCUGGGGACCUGUACGUGUCCCGCGUGCAGUUUACAAAGCAUUCUCGAUUUAGGGGUUAUCCAGCUCUGGUCCCUUUCUGGCGUUACAGCGUUGGUAUGGUCUAGGUCACGUCAUUGGGUGUCGACGGGGGGGAAGACGGGCACAUGGGGUCAAGAGGGUCGUCAUCAUUGUAUUGCGCUUCCUGUAAGUAGAGCUUGGCCAGCGCUCUUGCCUGGCCCGGGCAACAAGACCCAUUCGCGAAAAGACGCCAGAGAGCGCUUGUUUGACUGGGCAACCAACUGGUCCCCGCGUGGGUGGUACGGGCCAUGUACGCGCUACGUGCAAUUGAGGUCGCGUGAGGUCCAGCCCAAUGGGUUUGUAGUGCGUAUGCGAAGCCCAGGCAGGGGGCAAGGGCAAGGUUGCGGAG